AUGGCAAGCAAAGACAAGUCACAUCCACUCUUUGUGGGACAAAACGCAGGCGACUACUCUCAAGAAGGCGUACUUCAGGCACUACAAGAGACCUCACUGCGAGACCUUCGAGGCUGUCGAAGCAUAGUCUACAUCCUUGAUCGAUACCACAUUCAGACAUGUGAUCCUAUCCACCUUUCUGGCAAAAUUUACCUCCAGCUCUAUCCCGUUCAUCCAGGAUCGCUUCAUGUCAAUCUAGGAUCCCACCCCAAGCCUCUUGACACCAAUCUCCUUUACAAGGUCACUCUCUUCCACAAUGGUUCUCCAGAUGGUGGUCCCGAAGGCAAUCCGAUCUUUCAAGGCCUUUUGAUUGGACGUUUGAUGAAAGAGGACAAGGGUACGCAGUACGUUGUCUUCAUGACCUCAACAUAUCGGUUAUAUGCUUGUCUAUCUACAAUACUCGACAAGUAUGAGCCAAGGCCUCCAUUCCACAAGAUUUACAGCGUCUAUGAUGACGACGACGACGAGAAGGAGUACAACGACUUCGAGAUAGACAACGACAUCGGUGACAUCAAUGAACCCUAUAAGCUUGGCGAGAAGAAACCAGGUUUUAUCAGUGAUGACGAGGCAGUCUUCGAUUCUUCCUGUAAUGCUAUAGUACUCGAUCUAGGUGCGCUUGCGGACCUGAUUGGCAACAGAGGCAAUGUGGUACCAAAAGCCAUAGAAGGAAUCACGGAAUGGGAGUGCUACGGAUACCUUAUAGGAGGACUUGACGAGAAUUUCGAACGUGACAACAAACUCGCCGAAUCAUGGAGAGUCUCCAAAUUGGAAAAACCAAGCAGCCCUAGUCCCUUUGGCUCUCGUGUUUGA